AUGUUCUCUGUCUCUCGUAUCCGCAUUGCCUCGUCGGCGACUCGCCUCGGCUUCCAGGCUCGCUUCCUCCAGUCAAAGAAGUAUCCCCAGAUCUACCUUCACUCAGCAGAGGCAGCCGUCGCCACUGAUAAGCCGAUGAUGUCUGUCUCUUUCCUUUCCAAACCACCCAUGCACCCCGACAACACCCUGGGAUGGGCCCCGCUCGACUCGAAAAUUCAGGACAUAGACCUCUCACCCGUGUCAAAGUUCCAGGAAAAUCCCUCCUUCCUCCCCCGCUUCCAAUCUCACAUCCGCACGCACCUCCCCCAGGACCCCAUAACCCUCGCAACCGCUUCUUCCAACGGCGACGGCUGGAUCCACAUUGCGGACGAACGAAACCCACCGCCGUAUGGACGUAUCCCCUACCCCGAGGACAUCGUCGGUACGGUGAGGGUUGAGGGUGGUGAGGUGAAGGUUACGACGUAUGAAAGUGGAGAUCAGGCGUAUCGGGUUGUGAGUGCGAAUGGGCCGCCGAAGUUGGCAAAGUGGUUGCAUGGGAAGGUUGUGGAGGAGAUGGAGAAGUUGGAGGGGGAGAUGGGGGUUGGGAAGCAGUUGAAGUGA